AUAUUCAGUGACAGGCUACAACAGAGAUAGACUGGUGAUGGGGGGGGGGGCUAACUGUAGCCAGACAAGAGUGUGUAAAAACGGACGCUUUUCUCCGGACUGCCUGCCGGUCUGAACGGCGGAUCGCGUCUCAGCGGUUCUCAUGUUGGUUUUUCCAUUGACAGUUGUUUAAUUUACAGGGACUUGGCGGUUCCUUGAAACAAACGUACGGCCGCAGGCAGAGACAGACUUCGGCGCGGUCUGAGGGAGGCGGCAGUCCGUCACAAGCUGCCCAGUCGCCCUGACGUCAGCUGGAAGCUGAGAGCCUCCAGUCGGCGCCGAAAGCUCCCCGGUGCGCUCUCGGUGCCUCCGGGAACAGGCGCAGCGGCUAGACAAAUAACAAGAAGCGAAACAGAAGAAGGGCGCUAUAUCACAAUGACGCCCCUGAAGUGAGGAAGGGCGCUAUAUCACAGGGACCCCUUUGGAGUGAAUAGAAGAAGGGCGCUAUAAGAAAGUGACCCCCUGGAGUGAGCCGGGGUUCGCGGAUUUGUCUUAUUUGUGCGGCGCAUUAUACGACGAGUGGGACGCAGAUCGAGUGACCGAGAGCUACGCAAGGCCAUGUGGUGUGUCCAGAUGAAGCCCCAUCAAUGAGCUGAAUCCCCUGAUCCCCACACCCCCUCCCAGCGUUGACUGCAGGACUGAGGGAUGUCACAAGUGUUUUUCCUGAUAGCCCUGCUCAUGCUCUCUUCCAGCACCCAGGUUUCCUCAACAAAAUCCUUGAAGGUCUUGAUGGAACAAUGGAUGAGCUACAAGAAUGAAUGUACCCACAACAUCAGCCAUGACCCCCCGGCCCCUGUUGUGGUCUGCAACCGAACCUUUGACAACUAUGCCUGUUGGCCUGAUGGGAUGCCUGGUACCACCGUCAAUGUGUCCUGCCCCUGGUUCCUGCCCUGGUACCGCAAAGUCCAGCAGGGCUUGGUGUAUCGCGCCUGUGGUGCAGAUGGACAGUGGGGCCCCAAGAACACUAGCGAGUGUGAGCAGGACGACCCCAUGGAGCAGCAGUAUGGCAGGAUCCUGGGCAAGCUGAGGGCCAUGUACACUGUGGGAUACUCACUCUCCUUGGGGGCCCUGGUCCUGGCACUGGCCAUCCUGGGGGCCUUCAAGAAGCUGCACUGCAUGCGCAACAAUAUCCACAUGAACCUGUUUGCCUCCUUCAUCCUGCGGGCUCUCUCCAUUGUGGCCAAGGACGCCCUGCUGGACACCACCAACUACAGCCUGUCUCAGGGUGCUGCCACACCUGACUACCAGGUGGAGCACUGGCUGAAUCCUCAGACAGCUACAGGGUGCCGCCUUGCUGUGGUGAUGAUGCAGUACAGCGUCAUGGCCAACAACUACUGGCUGCUGGUGGAGGGUAUCUACCUACACAACCUACUGGUGGUUACAGUCUUCACUGAGAAGAAUUACUUCAACAUCUACCUAUGCAUUGGUUGGGGUGCCCCACUGAUAUUUGUGUUGCCCUGGGUGACGGUGAAAUACCUCUAUGAGAAUCAUGAGUGCUGGGAGAGGAACAUCAACAUGGGCUUCUGGUGGAUUAUCCGCUCUCCGAUUGUGUUCGCUGUGCUGGUGAACUUCUUCAUCUUCAUCCGGAUCAUCCGGAUCCUAAUGACUAAACUCAAGGCUCAUCAGAUGAGAUACACAGACUACAAGUUCCGACUGGCCAAAUCAACUCUUACCCUAAUUCCUCUGCUGGGCAUCCAUGUCAUCCUCUUCAUUUUUGUGGUGGAUGAGAACACAGCUCCCAUGGACCCUCUACGCCUUGCCAAGCUCUUCUACAACCUCUUCUUUAACUCCUUUCAGGGUUUGCUGGUGGCCAUCCUGUACUGCUUUGUCAACAAAGAGGUGCAGUCAGAGAUCCUGAAGAAAUGGAGCCGGUGGAAGCUGGGGAAGGACAUCGAUGAGGAGUACCGGCACACCCACAGCCAGACACCCCACGUGAAGAGUGGUAGUAUCGUGGCCAAUGCGCCCGAGCCACCUGAGGCCUCCAUGCAGGCAGAGCCUACAAAGCCUUCCACGACUGAUGCCCAACCCACAGAGAGCUGCCAGCUGGUCACCAGCUGUCCAAAUGGUACCAAGUUGGGCAAGCUUGACGAGAAAUUCCCUGACCCGCCACAGGAUGGCACCAGCACCUGUAGCACCUUUGUUGAGUGUGCCUGCGUGGAGGAUAAUAUGCAGCGCUAUGAAUUCCCACCAGUUGUUGCUGCUUCGGAAUGAAGGCAUUGUGUUGGUUAACCCCUCUGGAAACAAUCUUGACUUGUAGAGCCCUGUCAGGCAUAGGCCCCAGACAAAGAGGGUGCAGGGAGAGGAUGAAAGGGAAAUCUGCAGUUUUUUUUUCUUGUGGCAUUGUGUGCCCUGGGAAAAACACAUCAUGUUGCCCAUGGUUAUGCCAAACCCUCUCCACAAUCACAAACUCUGAGAGUAUACUCUGUCCAUGGUCUCCCAUGACCAUGCUGAAGAGUAAUGUGCAGGCCUUUGUGUAUGCCUGUGGAGGCAGUCUACUUUUUUCCCUCUAUUUUAAAUGUACAAAUGCUGUGAUGAUUGUCUGCACUUGCUUAUGCCUGUUUUAUGAAAAACAUAGACACAUGGCAUCACAAAGGUCUGGGGAAUAGAUCACGCUUUUUAAUAGAAGACAAGACUUUUAUCUGGGAUAAGCGCAAAGAAGAAGUGUCAGCUGGGGGAUGCAAAAUGAGCAAAAGCAUGUGAGCAAAUCCCAAUGCUUGCUGAGGACAGUGUACAGGAGCGUGGCGAGCAUGCUGAGCAAGUUCAGUACACCGGAGCAUAGCGGGCAGGCAGUCCAAGCACAGCAUACAGUAGUGUAGCAGUAGUGUUGACACGGCACACUUUCUGUUCACAGAGCAUAUCACUCACAUGCAGAUGUGACAUUAUAUGCUCACAUGUGCAGGCCUUGGUUGGCAUCAACAUCCUGAAUAAAAUGUGGCAAAAUUCAGUGAGAGCCAGGGUUUGCAGCUGAAGACAGGGUCAUCCACCUGGCAAACUACCAGCAGCAGAACGCCGAGAAAGUGAAUGAGUUACAUAUAAAAGCUAGCCUGUAAAGGCAGGAUUAUGUUGGAGUGACUCAAUGGUUUAACCAAGUCAAAAUCAUUUUGGAAUAUCAUUUCUUAGAGAGGUGUUAAUAUUUUGGGAUUAUUUCAUGUUUCAGAAAGAGUAACAUAGUGAAAAUAUAUCAGUGCAGAAAAAGCCUCCCCAAAAAGUGCAGCAAAGUGCCACAUGUAUGUUCCUACUUCACCUAAGCUUGUCCACUCUGGCAUGAUGAUACCAGCCCCUAGUCGACCAUGGUCACUAAACAUCAUACGCAUAAAAGACACCAGCCCACCGCUGCUACCGCUGGCUCCAGUCCAACUCUCCUAAAAUGCUGUACCAUUAUGUGCUCAGUCUGAAAGAAACAGCUGAUGUGACCUUGUAAGCUAAGGAUUGAACAAGCCUAAACUGGAGACUGAACAAACCAAAACAACAACGGUGAAAUUGCCUGACCUUUACUCAAAGCCUCUUUGGAUUCACACUCCAUGACAAACAAACAUUUGCUCAUGCGCGCACACAGGGACUUCACUGCGAAACAGAUGGCCUCUUUCUACAUUCAGAAGAUGGAAUCAUAAUCUCCGUGAGUAAAAUGGCAGCUUAUUUGACCCAGAGGUGACCAAAAUGCCUCCUGUCUUUGUGAGGAAGUCUGUUGAAUCAGUUUCAUUUGCUCUUGCUGGUUGAGAUUUUCUUCACAUUAUUAUAUGUGACUUUAUGAGAGACAAUACAAAACAUCCCAUUCUACUGAACAAUGGAUCAAAUUUAUGAAUGAAAAAUGAGGAUUUUUUUAAAUAAAAUGCAUAAGAAAAGAAAUAUC